GCAGAAGCCCAACUUAGGGUUUGCUCCCUUCUCGCUGCCGUCUCGCUCUCUCUAUGCCGCCGCCACGGUUUUGUCUCCCUCACCACCGGUGGCCACGCACACACAGCUGGUGACUGAACACAGCAAGCCACGCCGCCGUCCACCGGAGGCUUCUCUCGACGAGCGCCCGUCUCCCUCGUCCUCUACCACGCCCGUACUGUCCUGUGCUGCUGCAUCGCAGAGCGCACCCAGGAGCCAGUGCAGGCGCUCGGGGCGCGCCUCCUGCCGAGGCCACACGAGGCGGGGCUAGGGCGACGACCCCGGCCUCCGCUGCUCCACACACCAAGGCACAGCGGUGCAGCAGGUUGCAGAUUCCUGUUCUUCAGUGCGCAAGAGCAAUCGUACGAAAGGUGCGGACACAGUCUGUUUCCAGAACAAGCUAGGGGUGUUUCAUCUUAUUCGGGAAGCCCCCGUCAAGCCCUGUGGUUGAGGGAAAAUAAAACUAAGAGCUUGCGGUAGAGAUGGUGAAGGCAGCAGCAAGGGUUCGCUAUGAGCCUGGACCAGCUUUUGAGGAGGUCAAAGAAGAACCCAUGCUUGACAUAUCGCCAACAGACUCAACAGAGUUUUGGCUAAUACAGUGGCCUAAAGAUCAGUUAGAUGCUUCUGAUUUCCAUGGUAAAGAGCUUUCUCUUAAGCUGAACGAGGAUGGAAACUUGGGCAAUUUGGAGAGUUCCUCAGGGAAAUCUUAUGAGCUUGUCAGCUAUGCAGCCCAGCAGCCAGAUGCAACUGUCUUUCAACCGUCAGGAUCAGAAAUAAAACCUGUGGGGAAGAUAUCACGGCGAGUUUGCUUAGUUCGUUAUCCCGAACCUGAGGAAUUAGUUAAACCAAAUUUUGGGGGUCUUACUCCUAGCAGUAAGAUAUCUGCAGGUUCUUCUAGGAAGACUAAGUCUCGGUUCACUAGCGCAUCAAAGAACCGGAGCAGCCAAGGCUCGGCCCGUUCACUGGGCCAAUGGAGCGCAGAGCCAACUCCCAAACACAAGCAGAAGAGAAAUUAUGAAAGCAGCCUGGGGCACUCAAACAUGUCAGGCAAGGUGUCCCAAGGAUCUCAGGCACCUGGCGCGCAGAGCAACACGACUUCGGAGAUGCCACAGUCUUCAUCGGAGAAAUCAAAGAAGAAAAAGAAGGUUAAGAUCGUGGAGUAGUAGUGUCGCCUUGGCAAGGAGAUCAAUUUUCCCCGAACUAUCAGCUGCUAAGGAGCUGUGCAGGAAAUACGGGUUUGUAGUUCCUUCGUGCGUCCCUGGGUCUCAAUUUUGUUGACGCAGAACAUAUUUCUGGAGUGUUAGGAGGUGUUUGUGGGAGUUGGGAGAUCCCGUUGCAUGGUGCUGGAACUGGAAUACCGCUGUGCUGUGUACCGUUCUGCCUGUUCCCGUCCGUGUAGCGUGUACUGAAAGCAACAAGCCUCGACGAUUUGCAAUCUAAAAUAUUUGAUUACAAUUA